GGAUGGUCCAGUUCGGGGCCCCGCACACGGAGGGGCGCUCCAUGGGGCCCUGGACCUGCACGGACAAGCGCGAGGUGGAAAGGCGCUGCUGGAGAUGCGCGCGAAGGCCUUUGGGGUGCUGGGGCUCUCCCUUGAGCUGAAGCAGUUCAUGCGGCUCAUGGCCGGCCUUCUGGGGGCCGCGCUGCUCGUGGAGCCAGUGUCGCAUCGCCGGUUGUGGCAGGGGCUGAAGACGGUGGCUGGGCCCAGCCAAUCUGCACGCCUGAGGAUCGGCCUGGGCGGUCUUGGUCUGAGCACGCUGGCCGAGCAG